AUGCCACUACUGCUGGGAUUGCCCAGGUGCGGUAUAUGCAAGCAAUACUUUGAAUAUGAACACCAGCUAAUGUUCACAUUCCGAGAGCAAGAGAAAUGGGAAAACAACAACAGAACCCCGCCGUCUGGAAGCUGCAAUAUCGCAGAGCUUGAGGCAACAUAUUUCAAUGUCCCAUGGCUUUGGGCAACGUUUGUUCGAACUUUCCUCCCCGAAAACAACAACUACGAAGGCACAAAAUUCGACCGCACCGGCGUAGGACAGAUCGGGUUCUGGAAUAUGCCCGGCGCACUAACAGUUCCUCUGGAUGCGAGCAGAGUCGCCAUCGGCCCUCAUCACCGCAGAAGCAAAAACAACCGGAUUCAACGCGUAUACCCGGCGCCCAUGAUGCCUGAAGACCCCGAAGAUCCGCUAAAUCCAUCGUUUAACCCUAAAGCGUACCAUGUCCAUGAACGGUGCUGGAAUAUAACCUGUCGGGUACUGGGGGAGGCGAGGGUAGAUGGGAACUUGGGUGCUUUUGUUGCGGCGAUGCGUGGGGAGAAGAUGGCGACUAUCCGGUCCCUUCUCAUGACCGGGGAGUUUGAGUCAUUAUAUUGGAGAGACGAACUGGAGGAUAUGGAUGCGGAGACGUUCCUGCGUGAUCCUGAGCGAUAUAUGCGGUCUCAUUAUGAGUGGAUGGAUGGGUAUCCGUAGAUAAUAUUGGGGCGGGAUCCGUUGAAUGUUGCUGAGCUGCGGGAUGUGGUUGAUGAAGCUAUUCAGAGGUCGGCGGUGUCUCGCAAGAGAGAUACACUGUGUAAACUUCCACUGGACGUACAGUGUGUGAUUGUUGAGUGUUUAGAUGAACGGUCUGAUAUUGAGAAUGCUUUGCAUGCAUUUCGAUGGCAGCUGCCGGAUGCGUUUUGGAGGGCGCGCUUCCGCAGAGAUGUGGUGUUUGAAUAUGAAGAUUUGGUUCAAAGGGAGUUAGAUUGGC